CUCUCCCUCUAUUCUCUCGCUCCGUCCUGUACGCUGAUUUAGACUCAACAAGUCCAUUACUGUUCACAGUCUUUUGAAGUUUUACAACUUUGUAACUCUGUGUAACUGAAAGAUACGUUAGUCUGAAGGGUUUUCUGGAUUGUGCAAAGAUGGCUGUGUUUCUGUUCCUCGUCCUGGUCAGCGCUGGAGUCUUUCUGGACUCAACGGAGGUGCAGGAGGAUCUCAGCAAGCUUUCUGAAUACAGGAAAGGUGUUGAACUGGCUGUGGAACAAGUCAACUCGCACUAGACGAUCAAAAGCAUUUUUCUGUUCUUCAAGAGUUUGGACAAAUCUGACAUCGAUGGUAGUUUUGGUGUUAGUUAUAUCUACCAUCACUUCCACCUUAAACCCACCAGAUGCCCUAAAGGGACUGCGAAUCCAAACCUGACUAAAUGUGCUUUCAGAAAUGACAGACCUCUGAUUGACUGUGGAAUCUGCUAUAAGACCUACGCUGGAGAGAUCCAGAGAGACCCGAUGCCUUACGUUCACUGUAUUCACAUACCGCAGCUCACACAGGACUUGUUGAAAACGAGAGUUGAACAUUGCAACAAAAUGAGCUACGCUAACGGAUCUCCAUCUCUUCUGUCAUCAAAGAAGCCAUAGAGGACGCAACAUAUCACCUAUCUUUCAUAUCACUUUUUGGUCUAGGUUUUGGUUACACCACAGAGCAACUUCACACUGUUUAUCUUAAAGAAAGAUG